AUGGAAAGAAAGGAGAUCACAACUAAAAUUUGUUGCGAAACUGCCAAAGAAAAGAAAGGAAUUGAUGCAAAUCCCAAAAAGAAACAAGUGACCUUAACAGUUCAAAGCACUGAAUCAGCGAUGACUUUGAAAACGACCACUAUUGCUGCAACAAGAGUUAUCAAGGCUAAUAAUGAGGAACCGGAUUUAUCCAUGACUUUACAAGGACGGAAGAAAGAAGAUCGUGAGUUUAAAGACGAAGAAGGAGGUUAUGAAGAUGACCAAGAAGAUAAUGCUGUUGAAGAUGUGGAGGAGGAUGAAAACGUUUUCAAACAUCGUGAAGAAGAGCGUGAAUUUGUGGAAGAAAAAGGAGGCUACGAAGAUGAUCAGGAGGAUAAUAUUGAAGAUGCGGAAGAUGAAAAUGGGUUUACUGAAAUGGAUGAGGAAGGCGGAUACAAAGACGAAGACGUGGGUGAAGAAUGUUGA